AUGGUCCCUGAAGUACUGCUGGCUGAUCUCUACCUUUGCAACACCAAGGCAAACUCUAAGGCAAGAGUUACCUAUGAUGGUAUGAAACCAUCGUUUUAUAGUCAUUCCCUGAUAGACUUCAAUUCACAAUUUAUAGACAGAAAAGGUUUAGGUAAUAGCAAACAUAUUUUACAAGUGUUAGAGGAAGAUCCAGACUUUGAAGAAUUCUUGAAUAAGAGAACAGAUCCGAUUCAGUCCUUUUUAGGAGAUAAAUUCCCACUUCUGUUGAAUGAAAAGUUAAGUAUUAUGUGUGGAUUAACAAAUUUGGAACUCGAUUUCGAUAAUGGUGAUGAAACAAGUUCUCGACAGAAUAAUUUCUCCACUUCGAAAGUUAGUUACGAAACCGAUACGCUUAGGGUCCUUGGACGAUCUUUCAUUUCAUUGAAUGUAAAACUUCAAACAGUUUAUAUGGAUGAAAGGUACCUUUCAUCUCCAUCGGGUGACUUGGCUGAAGAACUCGAUUUAUUUCACAAUUCAGAUAUCGUAGUUACCGAAUUCAUGAAGCGAAACUUAUUAUACAAAGCAGUGUUACCUUUUAAGGGUGUUAGUAGGUUAGGUCCAAGAUACAGAAUGCAAUUCGGUGACAUGCGAGAGAAGAUCUUAGAUGCUACAUCGGUUGGAAGUUUCUAUACAAUGGUGGGAUUACUUUGCAAAAAAUUCAAAAAAGAAGACAUUCAAGAGGAAAUACUAAUGGGUAAAAUUAUAAAUGGAAAUUUGGGUCUCAUUCAAUUGGCAGUGGAAUUGUAUAAAGAUAAAUCUUAA